AUGAAUAAGUCAGGGGAAUCUACUGUGACACAAUUUAUCUUAUUGGGCUUUCCUGGUACGUGGAAAAUGCAAAUCACACUCUUUUCAAUUAUUUUUUCUGUCUACAUAUUGACUCUGACUGGUAACAUAGCCAUCAUUUCUGCAGUGAGGUGUGACCAUCGACUCCAUACCCCUAUGUACAUGCUUCUAGCCAACUUUUCUUUCCUAGAAAUCUGGUAUGUGACCUGCACAGUUCCUAACAUGCUGUUCAAUUUUCUUUCAGAAACCAAAACCAUCUCUUUCUCUGGUUGCUUCACUCAGUUCUAUUUCUUCUUUUCCCUGGGUACAACUGAAUGUUUAUUUCUCUGUGUUAUGGCUUAUGAUCGCUAUCUAGCCAUCUGUCAUCCACUGCACUAUACAUCCAUCAUGACAGGGCAGCUCUGUAUUAUCCUGGUGACUUUUUGUUGGUUCACUGGAUUCCUUGGACAUUUAAUUCCUAUUUCCUUCAUUUCUCAACUACCUUUUUGUGGUCCCAACAUCAUUGAUCACUUUUUAUGUGAUGUGGAACCACUGAUGGCAUUGUCCUGUGCCUCCAAACCAAUCAUAGAGGAUGUAUUCCAUUCUGUGAGCUCUCUUUUCAUCAUUUUCACCUGCUUGUACAUCCUUGGGUCCUAUAUCUUAGUGCUUCGAGCUGUGCUUCAAGUUCCUUCUUCAACCGGAAGGCAAAAGGCAUUCUCUACCUGUGGAUCACACUUAGUUGUGGUGGCUCUGUUCUACGGAACCAUAAUGGUAAUGUAUGUAAGUCCCAAAUCUGAUAAUUCAGUUGCUAUGCAUAAGAUCAUCACACUGAUAUACUCUGUUGUGACACCAGCUUUAAACCCCUUCAUCUACAGCAUACGCAACAAAGAUAUGAAAUUGGCCCUCCAUAAAGUCUUUUGUGGAAUGGUAAUUCACCAAACUUCAUAA